AUGCUAUAUAUCUGUAAAUCAGGUGCGAGAUUUACUGUUAUUGUCGCUGAUGGAUGCGGAUUGAGCGCCCGGGGUGGGAGAGCUAAAGGCUCACACGUUUGUCUCCAUUGAAGGGUAGGCUACGCCCCCUGAUAUCCUAUUUUUAUAGCAUUCUAGCUCUAUUACUGGUUUUGGUAUUUACCAACUCGGGAUUAUUUUAAUAAUUUAAUAUAUAACAAUUGUUUCUAUGAUUAAUCAAAUAAAGAUUUAUUCAAUUAUUUUAGGAUGUGGAGCGUGCAAAGGCCACAAUUGUGAAAGGACUGAAUAAUGCAGAAGACGACAUUGAGUUGAAAAUAUACCUCCUUUCUUUAAAAAAUGCCCAGCUUCCCGAAACAAUCGACCUUCUUCUUGACUAUGCAGAGGAUAACUCGGGAGUUGUGUGCAGUACCGCACUCUUAGCUCUAAAAGAUUUUCCAGCAGAGCAUAUCUCUACAGAGGUAGAAAGUAAUACUUGUAUUUGUGCCUCAAAAUAGAUUUUAGUUUAUAGGCUUCAUAGCUAUGUCACAUGAACAGGAAUACACUCAAUAUCAAUUCAUUCAUUAGGUAGUAUAGUACAAUCCUGUGGCCAUCCAAAAUUUCUAGCCAAUGAUAAGGUUAAAGGUACACUCCAAGCACCUUAAUCACUUCAACUUGCAGUAUAGUGCUUAUGGUGCCAGAAGCAACAUGAUUCUGUCCCAGUGGAAUCUGUUAAACCAUUUAAGUACAGUUUGACACAAACCUGGAGUCUACCAGGUAGCACUGAUUUUCCUUCUGAUACUCUCAGCCAGAUGAAUGCCUACAUCAGCAUCCAGCUUCUCCAGCUCUGAGAAGACUAGAAGUACCACAGGUGCCGAGUGGGACCCAAGUGUCAUGGUAGAGUAUAUCUCAUCUCGGAGUAAUUGAACCCAAACUGAAUCCAAUUGAACACAAACUAUACUAAUACUUAGAUGAGGAUAUAUGCGUAUUACCAGGCAUAAUGCUAUUGUGGAAAGGUAAAUAGUGAGAGAGUAACCAUAGACAGUCCAAGGUUAACUUAUACCAUAGAACUGAUAAAACAAUAAGCCAAGGGAUAUCAGAAACUAGGAGAGUCACGAGUAUGCCACGUAAAAAAUCAGAAAUAGCCACAUCACAAUAAAAUUCGCUUUUGGGAUCACAAAGGAACCACAAGAGGGCGAUGUGCUUGAAGACAAGAGGAGUUUAUAUAGUGAUUGGUACCAGAAUAGUGUCCUGUGUCAUUCCCAAGCACUCAGGAUGUGCUUAUAUUUUACCACUUCCUUAUUUUGAUAUAGGGUAUAAAACAUAUAACGCAGGUCUGGAGUGUCUGGUGUCAAAUUUGAUACCAUAAUAAUGCAGGCAUGGAGUAAAGUUCUUCUUCGAAAUUUAAACCAGAGGGGCACAGCUAUAGGGACAAGUGGUGGUCUGCUUCAAUAUAAACAGGUAUGGAGAAGAUCUGCUAGAACUACAGGUAACCUAACACCAGGUAAGUGUCAAACAGGGCUAAAACAGUUUGACAUAUUACCCUGGAGCGGCACCAAACUGCUCAUGGCACUAUAACCAAACCAUUACAGCAGGCUGUGCUGCGUGUCAAUGCUUAUGGUGUUUGGAGUGUUUGUUUAAUAUAGUAUCAUGCUCUUCGGCCCUCCCCUCACUCUACCAAAUGUCUCUCCCAUAUAUCACUUUGUGCACUCUCCUUUUCCUCUUCAAAUUAUUUUGUUCCCCAAUAUUAUAUUAUUCAUUUUUUUCUCCUCUUCUCUAUUAGUUGGUUGUAUUUUUAUGCCUUUGUCCCCUAUAUCCCAUUCUUGACUUCUUUCUAUAUUAAUGUAUUGGUAUGUAUCUGGAAUUACAUAUAUUUGUGCUCACAUGAUAUCUGUCUACACAGCAUCUUUCAGCUGCAUAACCCCCUUCCUCUUUUUCAUUAAUUUAUUCACUUUUAUUAAGUACUUUCUAUAUAACAUUGUAUAUUUUACCAUAGGAGGUGAAGGACACAUUAAAAAACAUUUUCUAUCAAACACAUCAAAAGUACCAUAAAAAAUGUCGACUGAUUGCAGCUGAGAUUUUACUGGCUACAGAUUAUUCACACGCAAACCUGAUUAAGACUUUAUUGAGUGCAAACUCGAUAGACAAGGAAACAACAAAACUACUGCUCUCCAAAAUCCAGAACAGACUGACCUUCAAACAUCCUUUAAUGUAAAUAUACCACAACUCACUGAUAGAGCUCGGCUGGAAAUAACGGAAUAUAUUGAAUGAUGUUCCCACAUAGUGAACUGCUUUAUGUUAUUUUCAUUUUAUAGGAAACCUUCAAAUACCGUUCUGGAAAAUAAAUAUCUAAAUUAUGACGAGUUUUCACAGCCUGGGAGUUCCACCAGCUUCUCUGGACUUCUCACUGGUGAGGACGUUAGAAUUCUAGAUUUAGAACUGCUGUCUGACAAACUGUUUGAAACAAACUACACACGUUUUACAUUUUAUAAAUACACUACAACCCCUGGUAGAACACCCACUUUGCUUUUCUUCAUGUGCUGAGGAAACCUAAACAUGUCUCCUAAACAUAUCCCUGCAUUCACAGAAAACAAAAAUACACACACACAUUGAUGUUAACACUAUACAUACAAGUAUGCACAUGUAUUCACACUGACACCAUAUAUAUUAAUAAACACAUGUGAUUACUAUACUGCUACUAAAAAGUAGCAUUUAAAUGAACAAUGUUCAGGUAAGUUCCUGCCAAAACCCAUUAUCUUCAGUGUUGACUCCAGGUGGAGCAGGUUGAAUCAUCAUAUGACCUGCAAUCCCAGGAAGGCCUCAAUUUGAAUCCCACGCUAUUGUGUCCAUACUCCUAAUGCAUUGUGUCUUCCUAACUCAGAUUGCAAAAAGUACCAGACCGCAGGGUUGUAUUGUCAGAAAUAUGUGUUGCCUAAAGUGCAUUCCACUCCAUUCCACUCCAGUCGGGAGCUGACGUCGGCGGGGGAGGAGAGAUCACCAUUGCUGAGGGAGCCCGACGCUGGAUUAAGGUAAGUAGCUGAAGGGGUUUCAACCACUUCAGCGCCAAGGGAGGGGGACCGUGAGAGUGGGGCACCUUUAGGGCACUGUAGUGUCAGGAAAACAAGUUUGUUUUCCUGACACUAUAGUGAUCCUUCAACCUAAACACCUCUCAUUUACCCCACACUAUGCUAAACACUAGUCCUAAGAUUUUGCCAAUCCUAACCUGAGCCCUGAAACUAGCAGCAACACUAGCAUUGCCCCAAACACUCACCCUAGCACAUUGACCUUGGCCUAAAAACACCAUAUAAAAUUAAAGAUACAUAAUGGUGAAGCAGGUUUUAUGGGAAAUGAAUGCAAUCUUGGGGUUCUAGAAACAUUUAUGAACCUCAAGACCUUUGGACUCGUUGUUUAUUACGAUGUCUCUAAAACUCAUUCAGUGCACAACACAGCAACAUUUCUUGUAAAUUUCUGUUUCUCUGAUGUUCAUUCAUUGUCUAUCUAAAUAAUGUCUUUCUUAAUUCCAGCCACAGAGAAUAUGGUUUCUACUUUUGGCGUGGAUCUCUUGUUCACUGAGACGGGGUUCCUGAAGAAGAGUGUAUCAGACAUUACAUUAUUUGAUCAAGUCCAUCAGAUGAAGGCAAUGCAGGUCAGUUCCAUUCUAAUUGGCACCUUAGACACCGGCUCAUUUAUGUCUGUCAGAUUAUAUGGAUUAGUAAGAAUUUGUCAAGAAUGAGUGAGUGAUUUAAAUUGCAAGUGCUGCUAGUCAAUUAGUAGAGCUUAGAGUAAAAGUUUUAUAGUUUACCAGUAAAGUUUUACUGGGAGCAAAUAAAUGAGAGAAUAGAAUUAUAUAUAGGUGACAAUACCUUGAUGACCACAGCAAUGAGUAUUCAUGCUAUAAAUAGUACAAGGAGAAUUAAACAUUUUAAUCAGGCAUUCAUUUUUUAUUUUUUUUUAAGGCAUACUUUAUAGUUGUGUAUUACGUGAACAAUUCCUGCCUUAUAUUGCCAUAAUCCAUAGUGGCAUUGUGAACCUAGGGGUUAGAGCACUGUCAAAAGAUAUAGUGUACAAAUUAAACUUUAAGUGACAGAAAUUAAUGAUAAAGCUACUCGAUUUUCAUGUAGCGGGGGGUCCUACCGGUUGACGUCGGCGGAGGAUGAGCAGAAAUAGAGCCUGAACCAGUGCCGAGGGACUUAGGUGCUGGAAUCAGGUUGCUAGAAAUGGCCCUAUCCAAUGAUCCACAAUCUCCUAGUCACUAUCUAAAAUAAAGUUCCUACCCCCCUCUCACUAAUAAUAGUGAGGAGUGAGCCAUAAAAUCUAAAAUCUUUAAAAAGAAAUUUGACUUGCCAUCAGUCAGAAGCCUUCUGUCUUCUAAUUCUUUUUUUCAUCCUCAAAAAAGGACAAAUAAAAAUCCAUAGUUCCCAAAGCUACUAAUAAACAAAAAAUGUCACAAUUGCAAAAAACAAACAAAAAACACUGAAUAAUAAAAACCGCACCACAACAAUAAAUAAUCCAUCUUCACCCAUGGAGGGCUCACUGCAGAAUGAGCACUCCUAGCGGGGAGAACCCUUUUACAGCCUUCCCACAAUACAACAGGUAUCGCAAAGCGAGAGAACAUUUCCAAUGCUUUGCAAUAUGACCAGGAGCACUCUGAUUGGUUGGCUAGUAAACCAACCAAUCAGAACUGUUUGACAGUCAAUUCUUGAGAGAAGUGAGACUUGGCUGUCAGAGCACUCUGAUUGGUUAUAAGUAUUGUCCUUGUGUUUUAAUCUCAGCCUUUAAAGGUAUGAAUAAACAAAGAUUUCAAGCAAUAAGGGAGUUAUCUAUAGCUGGCAAUAGACUUCCAUGUUGAGGCAAAUAUCAUAGAGAGAAUGAAGGGAAGGCAUUAAAUGUAGAUAUUCCACAGACCAUGAAAUGGCAUGUAGGUGGUGAUCCUGAGACACAUGACUGAGCUAUGAGCUGGGAUGACGGCUAGAGGCAGUGAAGCAAAAAUGAAAGGAACUAAAGAUGAAGUAUACCGAAUCUUAGGUAAAAAAUAAAAAAUUUAUAGAAAAGUAGUUGGUCAACAAGAGGAAGUUAGUGUACUCUGCAACAAUAAGAUUUCAAAAGAAUAGAUUUUAAAACUUCUUCCACAUUAUUGUCUCCAAGGUUUCUAUAGAAGCACAAGGAUUAGAAUCUCUAAUAGGAGGAGGAUCUGUAGAAGAAAGUGAAGAUGCAGCCAUGGUUGGGAUGUCGGCAACUUUGUUUGAUGUCCAGUUGCGUCCAGUGGUAUUUUUUGAAGGUUACAUGGACCUAAUGUCGAAAGUGUUUUCAAGUAGUGGUGACCCCAUCAGUGUGGUCAAAGGAACUGUGCAGCUCAUUGACUACAAUCAAGUAAGUGAUGCUUGUAGCAUAACAUAUGUUUUAGAAUUACACUUCUUUCUUCAUGCACCCAUAGAUGUGAGUUAAAAGUAGAAAAAGUAGAACAUUUAUUAGAAACACGAUCACAACAAAUAUACAACGUUUCAGCAUCAAGCCUUAAUCAUGUAUAUAAAAACAAGGAGUGGCAUUGAGUGCCACACCAGACUACUACUAUAGAAGAUUUGUCUCCCGCUGGGAGUGAGCACCUGGAGGCCUGUUUUGGCUGAUAUAUGAUGAUGGAUCCAGUUAGUGAACACAAUUUUUGGCUUAUAUGGCUGAUUUGGCAAAUAUAUGGUGAUGGAUUCAGAUAAUGAACACAAGUUUUCAUACAUCCAAGAUGAAGUCCAGAGAAUAGUGGCAACAGUAUCCUGUAACAGUGAGUUCAUACAUAUAAAGAAUGAUGGUAACCUGGCUAAAAACUUGAAAAAGUGAAGAAGCGAUUUGUCAACUUUUCAUUACUUAGCAUUACACUAGUUGAAUAUUUCAAAUGCAAGCGAAUCAUAUGGGGCCUUGGGAUUAUACUGAGAUCUACUUUAUUUGCAGAGAAUGAAGGAUUUUGUAAUUUACCUUCAAAAACAAAUCGUGAGGAUUACAUUUGAACUACAAGAAAUUGAGAAUGCACUUAAAAUGCAACUAACUAUGAAAGCACUGAACAAAAUGAAUGAUACAUUUAAUCUCAAAAUGGAGAAAUGAAAAGAAGAAUAUUGAUGGCAGGAAAAGAGGUUUCUCUAGGAUUUUGAAGUUUCUUUAGGAUGCUAAGGACUAUGAAAACUGAUGGAUGUACAAAUGGAAUAGCUAUGAUUACAAUAGGUGCUUACCCACAAUUAUCAGGAGUGAGAAACCUGUACCACCGCCCAGACAGGAUACUACAUCUGAGAACAUUGACUUGGAGACAUCAGGCGGCCAUCUUUUCACACAUUCACUGUAUAAUGCGUCUUUUUUACAAUUAGGCCAAAACCAGGACGGGGCGAAAGAUAUAUACAUAGGUAUAUAUUUCGUUAGACUCCUUGUAUUUGUUAUACAUGAUUAAGGCUUGACAUCAAAACACUGUAUAUAUGUUGUGUUCCUAUUUCUAAUAAAUCCAAUUUGAGGUUUCCAUCCUGUUAAACUUGUGGAUUUUCAACUUUUGAUUGUCUGUUUGGAGGCUGCGGUCCUUCACACCACAGUGUACCAGGUGGAUCUUGGGUUCACUAUUUAUAUUCCCUUGAGUGCCACACCAGACUACUAUUGAAGACUCAUAUUUGUGAGAUCUGUAUUGUUCUCUGUCAAUAGUAGAGUUUUGUGAUCCUGUGUAUAUAUUAAUAAAGUAAUUUUGCGGUCCACUGGUGGAGGUGCAUGCGUGGAUGACUCUUUCCCGACUCCGUAUACAGAUCUUCAUUGGACGAGGGAUGAGCCAACAUGUAGGGAUUUCUGGGUCUGGUGGCGUGAAUUUAUGCUAUUUAAAUCAGGAGGAAGGAUCAAUUUUAUUUCCUGCACAAGUCUGCAGCAUUAUCAGAUGAUAUGUAUUGAACCAAAGUUUGGUAUAUGGAAAUUAUUUACGAAUUGUUGAAGGUGAGCUGCCCGUCGAGCUUCCCAAGUUCUCCUGUGCAGAAGUGAAAUGCAACGGCCUCCAGUUUAACAAACGGUGGAUAUGCAGGUUUCUACAACCUCCAGACUUCACAAUACUGUUUCGUGGAACCAUUGGGCCUGUUGAGGCAAAACAAAUUGCACAUCCAGGGGCCCGGUCAGUGCGGCGGCGCUUUAACAGCACGAGCAGGCCCCCUUCGAUGAGAGCUGGGAGGAAGAGGAUGAGAUGUGCUGUGGGGGAUAAGAAGGAGAGAAGGGAGUCAGAGUGGGAACUCUGACUCCCAUCAGCCUGAGCCAGCCACUGGACCCCAGGGCCACUUCUGCACUUAAAAAGGUAGUAAACAAGAGGGUGCCUAAAAUGUUUUGCAAGUGUGUGUUUGUGUAUCUGUGUCUGUAUGUAUGUAUGUCUGUCUAUGUGUCUGUGUGUGAUUGUGUAUAUGUGUGUGUCUGUGCGUGUGUAUUUGUGUGUCUAUGUAUGUGUGUGUCUGUGUUUGUAUGUUUGUCUGCAUUUAUGUAUGUAUGUGUAUUUGUAUGUCUGUGUAUCUGUAUGUCAGUGUGUGCCCUAUGUAUCUGUAUAUGUGUCAGUGUUUGUAUCUGUAGGAGUGUCAUUCUGUGUAUCUAAAUGUGUGCCAUUAUGUGUGUCUGUGUAUCCGCAUGUGUAUGUGUGUAUAUAAGUGUCUGUGUAACAGUGUGUUAGUUUGUGUGUGGGUAUAUUUGCAUGUGUGUUAGUGUGUGCAUCUGUGCGUCUGUAUAUGUAUGUGUGUCUGUGUUUUAGCAUAUGUGUCCGUUUAUGUAUUUGUAUGUGUUAUGUGGUGUGUAUCUGCAUGUAUUUCAGUGUGUGCUUGUUUAUCUGCAUGUGUCAGUGUAUGCACCUGUGUGUCUGUGUAACUGUCACCCCACCACACACACUGUCACCCAUCUUCACCCUGCUACACUAACGAUAAGUCCCCCAAUCCUGUCACUCAUCCAUGCCAUACUCGCCUCCCAUCGCUCUGCCAUAGUCACCCUAUUACACUCACCUUUUCUAGCACUGUCACAUUUACCCCCCCCCCCCCAAUCCUGUCGCACUCAUUCUCCAUCACUCUGCCACACUUCCCUCCUUUCACCCUGCUAUCAAUCUGCCAUACUCUCCCCCCCCAACCAUGCCACAAUCAUCCGGUGGGACGUGAAUCAGACACAUGGGAGGGGGCAAGGGGAGGGAAGCAGGGCAAUUUUUGCAUUGUGGCCCCAUUGUUUCUAGUUUUGCCUCUGGUAUUAUGUAUGGUAUGUAUUCAUUUCCUCUCAUUGGUGAUCUGGGUUGUCUGGUGAUUUUGUUUGUUGUAUUUAUGAAGACUCCAUUAGGGGGUGAUAUUUAGAGUGGCUGCAUUCCACUAUUUCUUUAGUGUGUCCACCAUCCUUCUACUUAAAGGACCACUAUAGGCACCCAGACCACUUCAGCUCAAUGAAGUGGUCUGUGUGCCAGGUCUCCCUAGUGUUAACCCUGCAGCUGUAAAUAUAGCAGUUUCAGAGAAAUAUAGAGAAACUGCUACGUUUACAUUGCAGGGUUAAUCCAGCCUCUAGUGGCUGUCACCCUGACAGCCACUAGAGGCGCUUCCGCGAUUUACAGAGUAAAUCACACUUAUUUGACAUUUCUCAAAAAAAGAUCCCCAAAGGAAAGCAUUGAGUAAUGCUUUCCUAUGGGCGGGUUUGAAUGCGCGCGUGCCUCUGGCCGUGCAUGCGCAUUCAGCUCCACUUGGGAGCUGACGUCGGCGGAAGAGAAGAGGUCAAGUGGCUGAAGGGGUUUUAACCACGUUUGUUUUCCUGGCACUAUAGGAUCCCUUUAAAGGCAGCACUGGUUUCUUUUAGUUUUGUUUUGUAAAAUUUGAGUAAAUAGUUCAUAUAACAAGCUUUUUAUGCAACACUAUACUAUGAGCCCGAGAACAUUGCACAUUGGAAAUGUUUCAUUCGCAAGAGGAUAUAUCAAAAAAUAUAUUGACAUGUGGGAUCAUACAUAUGAUGAAUCUCAGCAUUUGUUUACAUGAAAUUUCUACACUUUUUACUUUUUUUGUACUUUGUUAUAACCUUAAAUAAAGAUUAUUUUUUAAAAAGUAAUUGCCAAAAUUGAUUAAUUUCAGUCUUUAACAGUAGAGACCGUUUACCAUCAUGCAUCUUAUGUGACCUACAAGAAUGCGGUUGUUUUUCUGGCUUUUGACCCUGUAUUCACAACAAUAUACUAAAUCAAUAAAAAGCAACCAGGGUAAUAAUGGCUUCUUGAUUCAAGGAUUAAUCGGACUGGCAUGAAGAAGGAUUUAUUUUCUUAGUUUGUUGCAAAAUUGGAAGUGUUUCACACUGGUUUUUUUUGCCUUCUUUUGGAUCAACAACAAAAACCAAAUGUGAGAAAGGCUGAACUUGAUGGAGGCAUGUCUCUUUUUAGACUAUGUGACUAUGUAACCAUGUGACUAUGUAACCAUGAAGUAACAGGACUGGCUGUAUGAUUGACAGCAGGGGGCUGUUACUUCAGGGUUGUAACAAGGUUGAUUUAUAAAUGUGCCAAAUUCUCUUGAAAUCUGAGCUUUUUAUGAAAUGAAAAAAAUAGGACACACUUCACACAUAAAGCAUUUCAACAAGCAGACGUGAUUUAUGUGUUUGGAGUGCCUUUAUUGUUAAAUUUUUCAAUACACUUGAAAUGAAACACCCUAAACUUUGUUGAAAGUAACUAAAGUGUAACUGAAUAAGGCAAAUAUAUACAUUUUUAAAAUAUAUAUAUUUUUUUAUAUAUGGUUAGAAAUCCAGUUUCAUGGCAAGAUAUUUGGUCUUUGCCUACUAGUGAAAAAGCUGAAAAGUACAUUUCCUCUACUAUCUUGUAAGUUGGACUUGUAGAUGCUUCCCCAAAAAGUGAGAACGUGCAGGUCCAGAGUGCUGAACGUGGCCAUGCAUGCAUCUCACCAACAUGCUGUGCAUAUUAGAUCCAGGAAGUGCAAUUCAUGUUUUCUGAUUGUAAGGGCUUGUAGGUGGAGCUGUGAGCUCUCCUUUAAAGCCUUAUUUUUUCAGUUUGAGAAAUUCGUUAACUGAAAGGCUGCAGGGGUACCACUUAAAUAAACUAGGCCUAAAACUGUAUCUGUCUACAAAACUUAGUGAUGGCAAAUCCACUACGUUCCCACAUUUGGAGGCUACAGCGAGGCUGCAAUGAAAGAUUUUCCAUAAGGAACAAGCAAACAAAUCUUAUAGUGUCAUAUAUUCUCUUGGGGGUCCACGAAAACGGAAAACCCGAUUAAUGCAAAAUAUAACAAUAUAACUAAACGUUGCACUUGACCAUUUGGUUAGAUUAUUAAUGGAAUUGCAUUAUUGUGAUACAUGUUUUUGACAAACAGACACAAACAUAAAAAUGCACAUAAAUGUAAACUUUUGUUUUCUUAUCAUUUAUUGUUGUUUCAAAAUAAAUGUUAACAAUAUUUUUUGAUUGUGUUAGAAUUUUACAUCUUGUUUUAUUAAAUUCUCCUCAAUUUUCUUGCAGCGUUUGCCAUUGCAGUCCGGGUUACAACCUAUUAUUGAGUGCCAGGUUGGGAUUGGACUGGAUAUCUUGGCCAAAAUUGAUGUCAUCCUUUGGGAGCAGAAAUGUAAAACGAACGUCAAUACCACGUACGAUAUUUUUAGACUUAAAAUGUUAAGAGAACAAACCUAUAUAUCAUUUCCAUAUUGAAGGACUGAAUUUAAAGGGACACUAUAGUCACCCUGACCACUUCAUCUCAAUGAAGUGGUCUGGGUGCCAGGUCCCUCUAGGGUUAACCCUGCCUGCUGUAAACAUAGCAGCUUCAGAAAAAAUGCUAUGUUUACAUUUGGGGUUAAGCCAACUUCUAGUGGCUGUCUUCCAUUUAAUGCCUCCAUUACGCAGAGCGUCCUUAGGAAUGCAUUGAAAAAUGCUUUCCUAUGGACACUUUGAAUGCGCGCACAGCACUGCCGCGCAUGCGAAUUCCGCUCCGCUGACGUCAGACGGGGGAGCUGACGUUGGCAGGGGAGGAGAGGUAAGGGAGCCCAGCGGUGGAAAAAGGUGAGUAACUGAAGGGGUUUUAACCCCUUCAGCGCCAGGGGAGGGGGACCCCAAGGGUGGGGACACCCUCAGGGUACUAUAGUGUCAGGAAAACCGAUCUAUAGUGAUCCUUUAAAUGAAUCUGAGAAUAUUAUACUUAUGGGGGACAUAGGUAUAUUUCUAAAAACACACAUUCCAUUAUUUCUCAGAUUAUUUAGGUAACAAUUUCACUUUUCACACUCACAUAUCUGGUCUGACAUUUAGCGGUAGCUAAAAGCCUAUAGUCUGUUAGCAAUUCUUUAUACAGUGUGUGAAGUUAGAGAAAGAUGUAUUAAUUUCUUUGUCCAGAUCUUAUAAUUUUCAUUAUAUUUUACAGUUAAAGGCAUAUAUUAUAAGGAGUCCUCUCCUUCUAAUGCGGUUUUUUUGUUGCUCAGAUCACAUAGUACUGUCAGUGGCUGAGCUGUGUGCGCAUACCUUUUUGAUAAGGAAGUCUUUUUCUUGAGUGAAGGGGCGUGGCUAAAGAGGCUUAUUAUGUAGUUUUCUUUAAAAGCUCUAUUUAUUUUAUGCAAAAACUAAAGAGAUUUUAGAUUGAAAACCAGAGUAGCCGAACUGCAAGCUGAGCUGACUUAGAGAAUCUUUCUAGUUUGGCUAACAAUUAAAACUCACCUUAAAGUCGCCUUAAAUUCUCACUUUAGUCAGGGGCGUACCUAGAGCAUUUGGCACCCUGGGCGGGUCCUAUUUUUUUUUUUUUUCUUAAACAACCAAAAUUUGUUUUAAUGUAUUUAGCACUGAGCAGUGUUUGUGUGUGAAUGUAUGCAUGUUUUUGUAUGGAGUAUAUGUGAGUGAAUGUAGUGGUGUGUUUGUAUGUAGUGUUGGUUUUUGAAUGCAAGCAUGCAUUUGUGUGUUGUGUGGUAUUGGAAUGCAGUGAUGUGGUUAUAUAUAAUGGUGAGGUUUGUAUGUAGUGUUGACGUUGAAAUGCAUGAGUGUAUUUGUGUGUAGUGUUGGCGAGAUUUUGAGAUGUCUGCACAUAUACACAUACACAUACACGGACAUACACCCAUGCAGAUACAUAUACACACACGCAGAAACACUGUGCUCUGCAUGCUGGCAUCUGACAACAUAUCUGCAUAUAAUUCACAUUAGCCACCCAGAUUUUUUGUUGUGGGCUGGCUGACACCUGUUAACUUCGAUCUUUGUUUAGCAGAUAACUCCCCUAUUUGCUAUCCUUAUGUGGGCUUGCAAUAUUUAAGGACACCAAAUAAGGGAACUAUCUGCUAAACAGCACCCUCAUUUGGUAUCUUUAAAUAUGGAAAUCUCGCAGACGGGCACCAAUUCAGGGAAUUACCUACUAAACAGCUAAAGGAUCAAAAUUAAAAAAGCCCUUUUCUUAUUUUCAGUUGUUUAGUAGAUAAAUCCCUUAUUUAUCCUUAUAUUAGAUUGCAAUAUUUAAGGACACCAAAUAAGGGAGCUAUCUACUAAACACAUACACAGAGAUCCACACAUUCACAAACAUAAUCACAUACACACACAAACAAUCACAGACCCACACACAUACAAUCACAGACACACAAUCAUAUACACACACAAACAUUACAUACAUACACACAUUUAAUAAAUAAGAGGUCCACCCAGCCUCCCUACCUUGCUCUAGAAGGGCUGGAGUGGAUCAUCAGUCCGUGGUGGUCAGUGGUUGCUGCUGGGAUCUCUGUGCUCUUCCUGCAUAGGUCCCUCGCACGCCCUGUAAUGACGCCGAGGCCGUGAUGACACCAUAUCCCGGGUGCCGUCUCACUUCAGGGCGAAGACUGUCAGACAGUCAGAUGCACACAGUCUCACACACAGUCACAGGCAGACAGUCACACAUACACACACACAGUCACAGACAGUCACACAUACACACACACAAUCACAGGCAGAUAGUCACAUAGGCAAACAGUCACACAUACACACACACAGUCACAGACAGUCACACACACACAGGCAGACAGUCACAGGCAGACGGUCUCACACACACACACAGGCAGACAGUCAGUCGCACAAACAGUUACAGACAGUCACCAAAUAAGGGAGCUAUCUACUAAAUACAUACACAUAGAUACACACAAUCACUCACAUAAUCACAUAUAUACACAAACACAAUCACAGGCAGAAAGUUACACACACAAUUACAGGCAGACAGUCACACACACACAGUCACAAACAGACAGUCACAGGCAGACAGUCACAGGCAGAUGGUCUCACACACACACACAGGCAGACAGUCGCACAAACAGUCACAGACAGUCACCAAAUAAGGGAGCUAUCUACUAAAUACAUACACAGAGAUACACACAAUCACUCACAUAAUCACAGAUAUACACAAACACAAUCACAGGCAGACAGUUACACACACAAUUACAGGCAGACAGUCACACACACACACAGUCACAAACAGAGUCACACACACAGUCACAGACAGUCACACACACAGUCACACAGACAAUCACAGGCAGACAGUUACACACACAAUUACAGGCAGACAGUCACACACACACACAGUCACAAACAGACAGUCACACACACAGUCACAGACAGUCACACACACAGUCACACAGACAAUCACAGGCAGACAGUCACACAGUCACAGAUAGUUACACACACACACACAGUCACAGUUACACACAGCACACACCCUCUCUCUCUUACAGUAGGCUUGGGCUGGAGGAGGAGGGGAUUCAGUCCCUCUUGUGCUGUAGUUGCAGGGACUCCUUCCUGCUUCCCCCCUGUGUGAUCAGAAAGAGGCUGCAUUUAGCCCCGCCCCCACAUACAGAUUGGCUCUGCCCCACAGCCAUUCUAGCUCCGCCCCCAACUCUCCAUGCAGUCAGCUGAGCCAGAUUACCUGCUCCUGCUCCCAGCCCCUGCGUGUGAGCGUGUGUCAGGCUGCCCCGCCCCUGCUGCUAUGGAGCCCGGUGCAGCCACACAGCUCACUCACUCUCAAGCCUGGUCAGCCCUGAUGGCACCUGACUGCCUGAUGGCACCCGGGGCAGACUUUAGUGAAUAAACGUAAGAAAGUAUUAGAGUAUUUUUGGGUGUUAUUCUCUCAAUCACAAAGAGGGAUGCAAACCCCCUCUGUGUCAUAGUGUUUGCCAAUUACUCUUACCCAACACUAAAUCACCCAACACACCACCCAAUGCCCCCAUUGAACCCACAACGUGAACCUUCAUCCCCAACAAAAAUAAUCCAAUGGGUCAGAUUGAACAAAGUACAAACAGCUAUCAUGGCUAAACAGCACUGAAGGGUUUAAUAUAAAUGUGAAAGAUUUUUCUAGACUAACAAAUAUCAAUAAAAAAGAGAAAAUGAACAGCUCAGACACAAUAUACCAAUACACUAAAAUCCUGCGAUCAGAAACAGACAGGAAUGGUUUAAAUCUUAAGGGAUUUAUCUUUAAAAAUGGUUAAUUUUAAUAUAAAACGGGAGGAAUUCUUCAAAGAAUAUACCGAACAGUAGAAUUGUACUGUCAAACUGAACACAGUGAUGGGAACUGAAAGGGUUAUUUAUUUAUUAAAUCUCCUAAUACAUUCAUGGUAAAUGCUUUCAGACCAAAUCCCUCUACAUCUCUCGCCUUAGCUCGGAGUGGGGAGAGAGGGAAGCGGAAUUGUCUUUGUCAUACGUGAUAAAGCGAUUGCUUUGACUGAUAUUUACUGUGAUCGCGUACAUUUACCGCCACCGGUAAAUCAGGAAGUAUUACUUUACUGAGAGGGUAGUGGAUGCAUGGAAUAGCCUUCCAGCUGAAGUGGUAGAGGUUAACACAGUAAAGGAGUUUAAGCAUGCGUGGGAUAGACAUAAGGCUAUCCUAACUAUAAGAUAAGACUAGGGACUAAUGAAAGUAUUUAGAAAAUUGGGCAGACUAGAUGGGCCGAAUGGUUCUUAUCUGCCGUCACAUUCUAUGUUUCUAUGUUUCUAUAUUUACCGCCACCGAUCGGAUACUGGGGGCUGCCUCAACUGCAAAGCACAACUUAAUUAAAUGCAGGGCGUUCGAUGACAACCAAGGGACUUUAACGCACACCAUUCUAGGAUUCUAAGCUUUGAACAUCGUAGGCAGCUCAAGGGUUAAUCUACUGGGGAAAGAAACCUGUUACACUGACUUACAAAUCAACCUAAAACAGAAAGUAGAGAAUUAUUUUAUCCUCCACAAGAGGGAGCUCUUGGUGCAUUUUGCUGCUGGACUCAGAGAUGCUGAGCUGUCAGUUUUAACAUAACCUUGAUUAUUGCUCUUGUAUACUGUUAACAGUACACAUUAGGGGCAAAGUGGGUGAGAGGGGAGUAGAGGGGCCAUGUCCCCCCUACAUUAUGCAGUGCCCACCCUUGUGCCCCCCCCCCCCUUUGAAAUUGAAGCAGCACUGGGUCUCCUUUCACAAGCAGCAGCAGUGCACAGAGGCGGGUGGAAUUCCCACGUGCUGGGAGGAACUUAUUGCUGGGUCACAUAGAGGAGCGCAGGGGAGACACCGGUAGAGAAAUCCCAGUUCUACCUGGGGGAAUUAGGCACCCAGGUAGCUGCUGGUAAGUGGGAGUCAGUGUGUGUGUGUGUGUGUGUGUGUGUGUGUGUGUGUGUGUGUGGGGGUGGGGCGGGAGGGGGUCAGUCUGUGUGUGAUGGGUCAAUCUGUGAAUGUGUGUGUGUGUGUAUAUAUAUAUAUAUAUAUAUAUAUAUAUAUAUACAUACACAUAUACACACACACACAUACACACACAUAUAGUCAAUACAACGCUAAACAAAAAUCUGCACACCAGUCAAGCCAUAAGACUUGCUUUUUGUCAGGUCUCUGCGGGCGGCGGUUUGCCGCGACUUCAAUUGUACCCUCAGCGCAAGCGCGCCGCUCAAGGUACCUCCACACUUCUGCUUUCCGCAAGUGGCGGCUUACAGUGGCCAUGCGCCGCUCGCGGAUAUGACAGCUCCCCCCCAGUGGCCUUCGGGACGCUGCACGCAAGCGUGCAGCAUGUUUAAAUAGGCGUCCAGGUCAGGCACCUAUUUAAUAAAACUUAAUGAUUUUUUUAAUUGAUGCCUAUUGAUCGAUUUAUUAAUUUUGAAAGUUGCACUUUUUUUGUCUAGCAGAGCAGCCAUGUUAGGUCAGACUCUACUUAGCUGCAAAUAAAUCCAUAUACAUCAUAAAAAUAAAACAUUAAAUAAACGUAAAAAAAAAAAGGGAAUUCGAAAAAUCCUCUAAAUGUAUUUCACAUUCACUGACCUUUACAUUCUGACGUUUAAUUACCAGAUUGCAUUCUGCUAAUCAAGGUCAUUUAGACAAAAAACUGUCAAUGUGCUUAAAGAAAUAUCACAUGCCUAACUGAGACUGUAUUCUCUGGGAAUGUUGGCUAACCUCUGGGAUACCACAGAUACCCUGCACUCUUACAACUGAUUCAUUUGUAAAAGUGAAUGUGCUUAAAGAAAUAUCACAUGCUUUAAUGAGACUGUAUUUUAUGGGAAUGUUGGCUAACCUCUGCAAUACCAGCUGCUGUAUACUCCAAGUCACUGUAUACUCAGCUAGCCAUUAGGAUUAUAGGCCAUAACAUCUGGAGAACUGAUUGAUGUGGUACUGCCCUCUUACAUGUAAUGUAAACGAUAAAAAACAAAAUAUUGAGAUUUUAUAUACUGUAUCAUUGACUGCUCCCAGGAUGAUGGUAUGGGCCAGCUGCUUAGUUUUUUAACCCCUUAAGGACCAAACUUCUGGAAUAAAAGGGAAUCAUGACAUGUCACACAUGUCAUGUGUCCUUAAGGGGUUAAAGGUGUUCUACCACAUCAGGGUGUAACAAGUCUUUAUACAUCUUAGGGUCAUUCACUAAAGCGAAUUUCAAUAUUUAGUCCAAAAUAGACGAAUCAGAAACAUUCUGUAAGUCAAUUGUGCCUUUAGUUUGGCUUUUUGGCCUUAAAGCGGCACAGUCACCAUUUGAAGACUUUGCUUUUUGGCCUUAAAGCGGCACAGUCACCAUUUGAAGACAUUGCAUAAUUUGCUAAGUUAAUUGGGUACGGUUGCUGGGGGCAGGGGGCAGGGGACAAGAAAAGGUGAGUUUUGCUUACCUGAAUCUGUCCCUCACUGGCGAUACCAUCUUUUUCCUCUUCUGCUCCUGGCGCUUCAGGAGCCAACUUCACUGCUGUACUCUCUCGCAUCGAUGAGAGUACAACAUUAAGGUCUAUGGAGGAUCACUGAAAAUCACGGAUGCGGCCUCUAGUGGUUGUCAGGGAGACCACCACUAGAGGCUGGAUUAACCCUGCAAUGUAAACAUAGCCGUUUCUCUGAAACUGCUAUGUUUACAGCAGGCAGGGUUAAAACUAGGGUUUACCUGGCACCUUAGAUCACUUCAUUGAGCUGAAGUGGUCUGGGUGCCUAUAGUGGUCCUUUAAGUGAAAUUCCAACACAGCCGAUAUGAUUAUAUCACUUUGAACUACCAAUGUUUCACAAUAAAGUGUCCAUCAGUGUCGUAUUAGUGUCCUACCAAAGAAAACUAAACCUUUCAUUCAACUAAGAUUAAAAUAUUCAGUUUGUUAAAAUUGUCCAGUAAAUAUGAAUCAGUGUAGAGUAGACAUUACUGAUUUUGUGAAAGGAGGGUUAAUGUAUGGGUUGUCUAUAAAAUGUUAUCACUACACAAUGAAGUAAUCUCGAACAUGCAAAUUAAUACACAUAUAUUUAUAUUACCUAUAUACACAUUGUACUAACCAAAUGAUUCUAUGGGGAUAUUUAUCAAAUUGCAUCGUUAUUGUGAUUGCUUUUUAGAAGAUGCCUCAUUGUGUUAUUAAAAGGGACACUCUGAGCAACAUAACCUCUAGAGCUUUUUAUAUUGAUUAUGUUCCAUUGAGUAUCCUGGGGCCAUAAAACAGUCUAAUAUCAAUCCAUUUAUUUCGACUUAAACUGGACAAUAUGCAAUUAAUUUGCUAUUCCCCAUUGUCAAUGUAAGUUUUGUUCAACUUGAGAGUGGUCGGUUAUAUCUCCAGGCUCUGUAAAUUGCACCCAAGGGUGCCUAAUAGGCUAGAUUGGAGGUCCUAUUGCGCCCAAGGGUGCCUAAUAGGCAAUAGGACCUCCAUUCUAGCCUAUUAGGCACCCUUGGGCACACUAUACAGAGCCUGGCACAGCUCUGUAAUCUGUGAGUGUACUUCCAUACUUGAUAUUUAACUAUUGGUCAUCACAGUAUACACUAUGUGCUGCUUUUUUCUCUUUUAUUUUAGGAUAUAUAUAUAUAUAUAUAUAUAUAUAGAAGACAACAAGUAGAAAGGCUGCUCUCCGGAUUUAAAACAAAAAAUUUAUUUAAACAUAUUUAAAAACCACGACCAACGUUUCGGUACCCGCUCGGGACCUUCCUCAGGGUCAAAAAAUAGAACAACAGAACUGUUCUGUUGUUCUGUUUUUUGACCCUGAGGAAGGUCCCGAGCGGGGACCGAAACGUUGGUCGUGGUUUUUAAAUAUGUUUAAAUAAAUUUUUUGUUUUAAAUCCGGAGAGCAGCCUUUCUACUUGUUGUCUUCUACAUGCUUUGGAGCUCUGGUGGUGCGCCCGGUAUUGGACCAUGUUGCAAGCGUGAGUGCAGGGGACAUUUUGAUUUUUCUAUAUAUAUAUAUAUAUAUAUAUGGAACAUAAACUAUAUAUGUCCACAUAUGCAUAAGUAUUUUUUCCUUAUUCAUAGCACUGUAGCCCUUUCUGCACGGGAGGGGGUGUGUAUACUUAGUGUGUGUUCUUAUCUAAGUAUUUCUAGUAACCCAAUACAACGUUUAGAUACAAACCUGAUAAUAUAGAUGUCCAGCCAAGUAAUUUGUUCUUAACAUUGUGUAUACCUUUGUUCCAUUUUCCCAGGGCUGGGCUUGUUUUGGAGUUUAACACAGGACUAGACACCUCAUUCUUUAAAACAGACUUGAAGUCACAUGUUGAAGCAGAAACCACAGUAAGCUUGGAUUCCAUGAUGGCAUUGGUAGACUCUCCAAUGAACCUCUGCCUCGAGUUAUCUCAUGGAGACCUUCCAUAUAGGUAAAUAAUGCAUUUAAAGUUUCAAAUGUUUUUGCAUUUGCCCCAAAACCAACUAAAACUCAGCUCCGGUAACUCGCCACGAACCCCCUAAAUGCUAUAAUUGAAUUAACAUGGGCUCUGGAGUAUAGCUGGAUCUUGUUUACCUGAGUAAAUACUUUGAAGAAAUAAUGAAGAAAUAUGAACACUGUAUCCCUCUUCUAACACUGUCACUAAGUUUAGUGGGACCAGAGCAGAGGACGAGGCUCUGCAUGCUCCUCGGCUUGGUUGGUAAUUAAUGUUGCCAGCAGUGUGCAGUUAUUGGAGAUAGUGGAGAUGUGAUGUUCAGUUACCACUCACAGUAUUCCCUUAGAGCUCCCUGACAGACCAGGCAAAGAAAUCUUAAGAUCUUCUCUUCUGUGGUCCUACUUAGUCAUACUACAAUAUUGGUAGGUUUGAGUAGGGGGUAAAGGGGCUCUCAAGGGUAAGGAGCUUUUAAGAGACAGACAAGGGGUAAGCGUGGAUUAUGGGGUUAGAGGAGACAGCAUAGUUACACAAUGGGUUGAGGGGAUGCAAAAAUACACAAUGAAGUGUCUGCCUCUGGAAUGACACAAAACAUUUUACAUUCUAGUGGUGAAGGCCAAAAUAAUACUACUUCAGAAACCAAAUAACCUAAUGAAGGCAGUAAGAUGGUUAAGCUUGUUUAAAGUUUGUUAGGUACACAGAUAUGUGCGGCAAAACAUUUAACCGGGGUCUUUCUUCCUGGCCAUUGUAAGAUAAGUCUCGGUCUAUAAGGAGUGAAGUGCGGGGUUGUACCUGUUAGUACAAUAUACCAGAGCUGAUUUGAAGCUAUGACAAAUUUAAGUGUAUCUAGCUAUCUUCAAUUAUACACUAUUUCAUUAAACUGCACCAUUGGAUUUUUCUCUGCCAUUUGUUUCUCAUCUCCUUUGAUACUGAGAGGCACAUCUUCCAUUCUUCUAUCAAAAUACCAAAUAAUCUCAGUUCGUCUCUAAGUGGGACAUGAGUGGUGCUUGUCCACUAGCUUUAUUUUUAUACCUUACACUGCCAUGUGGUGUAAGAGUACCAGAAAGAUCAUAUUCUUAGUUCCCUCCUAGUUAAUAGAUAGGAAACAAGAUGUUAAUGGCACACUUCGAUAUUUUGAAAAAGAGAAUUACUACAUCAACCUAUCAAGUCUGUUUUCACAGAUUUUAUUGCUUCUAAAAUUGUAGCAGAAUGUAUGCUCUUUAUAUACUUUUAUGCCCUGUUGUUCUGCCAUCACCCCCAUUCGUUUACCGAAACCCCAUCUGUGUGGCCCCCUUGGUUGCACCUUCUAACAACUGACCACCCCUGCCUGUUAACCAAAAAUUGCUCGUUAAGGAAUGUGUUUUCCCUGUGUGAAUGCCAUUCAUACAACCGAACACACGUGUGCAAACAAAUGGCGGCCAUUUUGUCUCCCGAACGUGGGCAGCGGUACAUGGUCAUCGGCGGAACUAUUUUCGGCUACACGACCCUGUGAACACCCAGUAAACUGGUACUGCUGCCCAUCCAACUUACCGAACAGUUAUGAGAACAGCGUUCGGGAGGCAUAAACUACCGAACAGGGGGAACAUUCGUACACUAACCGCCAGGGGGACCAUUCAUCGGUGUUAGUGCGAGAACCCCCGAAAGAUGACCGGUCGUUACCUUGUUUUCUCUGGAACUGUUUUGUGGCAUCACCUCGUGGCCGCCCGGUCAAAACUUAAAUCGAAUGGCGUCCCCAAACCACCGAAGGGAUCUGAGUAUUAUUUGGGCAAAGAGUGCACUCAGAUCCAAGCUAUUCGGUGAUGUGACUUUUGUGGGGUUCUGAAAUAUUAAUAUGUAUUUUUGUUUUGUUUUUAAUUAUUGUAGAUUUUUCUGUACCUGAGAGAUAAUUGAGUUAUAGAUUCUUUCACACAAUUAUAUCUCAGGCACAUAGGAUCCUGGGAGGAAAAGCCCUGUAUUUUUGUGUGAGAGCCCCCAUGUACAGGUCAGUGCAUAAAAACCAUGAGUGGCCAAAAUAAAAUCUGUUGACUCCCAGAACUGUGUGUCGUUCAGUUACUGGGGGCAAAGUGUCUUGGAAUAUUUUACUGCUUAUUUCAACUACGAGGACUAAACAGCGGAGAUACCUAUGCUAGGUAUUGGAGCUCCGCUACAAUUAAUAUUAUAAAAGUAUAAAUAAGGGGGCAAAGCUAACCAGCCCUAUGAGCAUACACAUUGCUGCCGAGCUCAGGAUACUUACUCAAAUUUAUCAGGGAGCAGUGUGGGUAAGAGUUCCCAUGAGUCCCAGCCUCCUGCUAGCAAUGAUAGCAGAUAUAUUGACCUACUUGCUCAGCAGAAUAGGACUCAAAUACUGGAUCUGAUGGUUGAAUCUCAUUAGGACUUCAUGUCAGCCUCUAAUGAUGAAGAGCUGGAUAUACAGGAGGCCCUAUCUUGCCCCAGGAGCAGCCAGAUCUCAGAAACAAACCAAUCUAAUUUGGCCACCAACAGUGACAUUUCAACCUUAAUGGCUGAACUUUCAGCAGGCUCCACUGCAGCUCAACUACAAGAAUUAAGAAAAACUUGUACUUUUUUUGACUACAAAGAUGGAAUAAGGUGCAAGGAUCAAGUGAGAUACCAUAAUCUGAAGGUACAUGGCAUACCUUAAUCUGUUGAUUUGGGAUAAUUUCCCCAGUUUGUUCACUGCUUGUUUUCAACCACUUUGUUCCAUUAACAGGCUGAGGGUCUCACACUUGAUGGCAUGUAUCACCUUUCCAGACCUUCUAAUAGCCAAACAUCAAUGCCUCAAUAUGUUAACAUGUGUUCUAAGACAUGUAGUGAUAAAGAAACCUUAUUAAAUGCAGUUAAAGGCCACACGUAUUGUUUUUGAGCAACACUCACUCUUCUUUUUUCAUGACCUCUGUCGCUGUACAUGGCAGUGCGUACAUCUCUAAAGAUGGCGGCAAAACAGUUCUGAGAUGGGGGGUUGGGGAAACCCCCAGGGCCCUGUUAGUUGAUAUUGGUGGCUGAAUACUAGUGUCAGAAAUUAGUUCUUUUUGCAAGCCUUUUGCCUCACUGUUCCUGGGAUACUGACAACAUUGCUGUCUUUACUCUGACUAGAUCAAUUGCCCCAAGAUGAGGACAAUCUAAAGAAUCUUUGUCAUGACAGUUUAUUUUGUUUCGUUGUUUUUUUAUUCUUUUUCAUGGAACUCCACAGAUUUUUGGACGUUAUCUAAGAAAUAUUGCUAUAGACAGUUAGGAUUCCUAGAUUUCAGUUGUGUUUGAGCACCCCCUUUCCAUCUCGGGGUAACAUGUUUUUGUUGUUAAGUUAUAUUGUAGUAUCAUAUUGUGUGACUCACCUGCAAAACCAAUAACAAAAAAAAAAAUGAUAAACAGUAUUAUAAAGUUACAGAGCGCAUAAUCUCUUACUUAUACCAAUACCAUACAAUAAGAGCAAAGGUUGAAUAAAUAGAAGUGCAUCAUUUUAACUGUUCUUUAUUCUUGAUCAGCACUCGAUGUAUAGAAAGUGCUGUUUUGUUGUACUCCCAUGCCCAAGCUGUGCAUCAUUGGUCCCAAAUAAGUCUUAUACUUCAAUUUUGUUUUACAAAAUAAUUGGGCAGUGAAGUGGUUAAACAGCGAUAUCCAUGGAUUUUUAAAGAAGUGAGGCUAGCAGUUUGUUAUUAAAGGACCAUUACACAGAUAAGAUAAACCCCAAUAUCAACUAACACUGUUUCUUUAAGGCUUACAGCCCCGUUAAGAUAAUUAUUCUAACAUAACAAUAAUACUUUAUGAUAUUAAAUCAUUGAAUCGCAAGCACAAAGAAAAUCACGUUUUAUCUCUUGCAUUAUUGAAGACUCCCCCAUGUUCCUAUGCUGUAAUAGCCUCCCUGUGUUAUAUUCCCUCAGACACAAUAUGACCCAUGCCCCUAUUUGAUUACUGAUAACGUGCAAAUGGAAACUGCUAAGGUUUACCAAUACAGCCUGCUUUAUCUCACGCCACAAGAGAAAGCUUUUAAAUGAAAUGACAACAGGCACAGUACUGUAGCUCUAUUAAAAGGAACAAAGAUAUAUAUAUUAUUAUUAUUAUUAUUAUUAUUUAUAUAGCCCCAGCUAAUUACACAGCGCUUUACAAUGGGUGGACUAACAGACACGUAAUUAUAACCAGACAAGUUGGACACACAGGAACAGAGGGGUUGAGGGCCCUGCUCAAUGCGCUUUCAUGCUAGAGGGAGUGGGGUAUAGUGACACAAAGGGUAAAGCUAGGGUAGAAAUGUAGGUUGCACUUGCUAGGAUAGUAUUCAUUGAGGGCUUAGUGUUUUGUUUUGAUGACAGUUGCAGGAGAGGAGUCAGGGUGCGGGGAGAGAAAGCUGUUAACAGUUUAAUUGAUAUGUUUUCCAGAAAAUUGAGUCUUCAAUUAGUUUUUGAAGGAGUGGAGACUGGGUGAAAGUCUAAUAGAGAGGGGAAGAGAUAUAUUGUUUUAUAAUUUAAAAUAAUUGAUGACAUAUAUCAUAGUCUAAGUGCAUUGUAUUGUAAUGCUCACAAAAAUAGAUACAUAUUUUCAGUGCACGAUCCGGCUUACACUUUUUCCAUGCGAUGUGCCAUCUUUGUGCGUCAUUUGUUUUUGAGAAAGAGUGCAGAUUCAUACAAAAGGCCUCAAAACAAUACAUUGUGUAAAUUUUCAUUAGUAAAUCUUUAAGCUAUUGUUUCAUCUGUGAAUAUAUAAUAUAUUAGAAGAUUGUUUAUUUUAUCAAUAUACAAUAAUGAAAGUAUAAUAUAGCAUGUCAUCUUAAAGGUACUCCAAUGUCUAUGACCACUUUUUAUUUUUGAAGUGGUCAUUGUGAUAGAAGUCUGGAUGUGCAGUUAUUUGUACUUGUGUGCUAGGGGCUAGUUGCAACUCUGUUCCAGACUGCCGUUUGUCAAUUAAGUGCAUAUUUUAAGUUGGUCGUCAGCGUGCACUCACGCCGGUGACAGAAGUAAUUUGAUUCUUGUGUCUCCCCUUCCUCCUUACUACCUCCCUAUACCCUUUGUUUAGUUUUUAGUUUUUUUUCAAGGCUCCCUCCAUACUGUCUCUUUUCCUUUAUGAAUUAACCUGGUUUCAAGCAGACAGCAUGUAAUAUUACUCAAGAGGCAGCAAUUGCCUAGAGCACCCGACUUACAAAGACUUCUAAUUGAGCUGCAUUGGGAAGGCUGUGAUUGGACGGACACAGAAAGUCUGGGCGGGGUUAGAAGGGGAGGGCUUCUAGACAAGAGAACGGCAGGUUUUGCAAACUGAUUUUAGAUAUAUUCCCAAUGAAAAAAUUGAUAAUUAAAUGCAUGCAAGUUUCAUGUCUACUAAAUAGUGAUUUUUAUUUAUAUUGUAUUUGGGCAUGGUAGUGUCCCUUUAAAAACAAUACCACUAAAAUUACAACUUAAACAUAAAUUAACAAACUCAAACACAAAAGACCAAAACAUAUUACACUUAAACAUGAUUACUAUGUACGAAAAUAUAUUAAAUAUAUAGAUAGAAUGUAUGGAAACAUAGCAAAUACAGAGUUUUGAUUGGUAGCACAUGAAAAGUGCUGCCCUGUAUGAAUAUAUUAGCUGGAAUUUUGCAGCAUAUGAAUUCUAUGCUAUUCUAGAUUGAUUGCCGAUCAAUCUGAAGAAGUGAUGUGUGUCCUGGAAAACAUGACUAUGGCAACACUGCUUACAUAUAAUUUGACAUACAGUAGUUCAAUCCUGUAAUGAUUCAGAUGGGUCGGGGCUGUUCUGGUAGUGUGCCUGUAAUACCUUUUCUGGCCAUGCAUAAAUUAGAACGUUGGUGCUCUAACUAAAUCAGUGUCAGGUUUCACUUGUUUGGCAUUGUCCAUCAAGUCUCUAUAAAUACAAAAUGCUGCCUCUCCCGUAUGACUGAGUGUUGAGUUUGUACGGUUACCCUGCUGGGUGGGCUCCCUGCUUACUGUACUCCAGUCUGAACUCCUGGUUCCUAACUUGGCCUUGUUUUAUUGGAUUUAAUGACACGCUUGCACUGCAUUUGCCUUGGCCUUAAUAAAACAGUACUUCUUGAACCCAAUACACUUGUUGCGUCCAAUAUAUUGGGGGAAUUUCUAUAUGGAGUGGAAGAGCUAUAACCCAACUAAACACAUCUGGAACUAGGACGAGAGGAGUAAGGAAGGAAUGGCGACAUUAGCCUAGCAACCUUUGACAACCAGUUGUCCUUCCAUUUGGUAGGUACUAACCACUGUGUAUCACCAACACCCCAAAAGACUUGCUCUGACCAGGUCGCUUAUCCAUCACUAUUUGGCCCAUGUCAAAGUCACUCAGAUCUUUUUGCUUGCACAUUCUUCCUGCUUCCAACACAUUAAAUUCAAGAACUGUUUACUUGCUGCCUAAUAUAUCCCACACCAUGAUAUGUACCAUUUUAAUGAUAUAAUCAAUGUUAUUCGCUUCACCAUUCAGUGGAUUUGAUUUUGUAGAUCGGUGUAGAAUCUGCAUGUGGGUGACAGCCAGUACUCCUUUUAGAAGCCCAGUCAAUUCAAAGAGUCAACAUGAUUAUAGUGCCUACAUGGUCCAUUUAAACCAGUACAUAUUUGGGUCAUUUUAGAGGUUAGACUUGAAAAGGAUCAUUGAACAAAGUAAACAAGAAUACCCAUGUAUGCUUAGCAUGUAAAAGUUGGCCUCAAGCUGAGAACAUUUGGUUAUGUUGGCUUGCCCUUUAAUACCCUAUUAGUAUGACACAUGCAUUUUUUUGUUACAAUUACUUGUAUGAAUAGUGUAUCUCACUGUAUUGCACUGCAGUACUUUUUAAUUAAUCUCUCUUAUUUUAUUCUCCAGAGAAACAUACAUCCUUUCUGAAUACUUUCCAGAGAAGAAUAUCACACAUACCAUACAGAAGGGAAGGAAAUCAAUGGUGUGGGGGAGAGACUUCCCAUUGAGCAGUGCAAACUCACAGAUGUGUACGAGAGUAAAAUAUGAAGAAGAUCAAUAUAACUCAUAG